AUGAGACUGAGUACCUCUAGCAACUUUGACCAAUUUGGUUCGGUUCAAAUUCAUGAACUACAGCGAGUCAUCGAAUUGGAUGCCGGGUCUGGGCGAUGCACAUCAUCCAGCUCUGUUGUAUCAAGAACCGCGCUCCUGGCCAUCGAAUCUCAGAUGGUCAUAGUCGUUCUAUGUAAGAACGAACACAAAAGGACCAUCGAAGGGGUGCUCUCCGGCAUCCCGCACGACUGCCUUGUGAUACUUGUAUCCAACAGCGAUCGUAACCCUGUCGACAGGUUUCAGACUGAAAAGCAGUUCCUAGAAAGCUUCUGCAAAGAAGCCGAUCGGACAGCCAUUGCAAUACACCAGAAAGACCCAGGAGCCGCCAAAGCCUUUCUCUCGGCGGGUGCACCUGACCUAGUUGCGGAGGAUGGCCUGAUCCACGACGGGAAAGGUGAGGGCAUGUUUCUUGGCAUGGCCUUAGCCGCCUUGACAGGGAGGCAAUACAUUGGCUUUAUCGACGCCGACAACUACAUCCCUGGGUCUGUGCAUGAAUACUGCAAGGCGUAUGCUGCUGGCUUCCACCUGGCGAAAACACCCAAUGCAAUGAUUCGGCUGUCAUGGAGCUCCAAGCCGAAGCAAAAGAACGGAAGGAUGGUGUUUGAAUGCAAGGGGCGAAGUUCAAAAGUUGUUAAUCACUGGCUGAAUUCGCUGCUCCAGGAUUACUCGGGCUAUGGCACCGAGUGCAUCACGACAGGCAAUGCUGGCGAGCAUGCAAUGACCAUGUCUCUGGGCAUGAGGCUAAGGUUCGCGAGUGGGUUUGCGAUCGAGCCUUAUCAAUACAUCGAUCUGCUUGAAAACUUGAGUGGGAUGCUCGACAACAAGGAGAAGAAGCAUUCGCGGAUCCCUCAGGUACACAUUCACCAGAUCAAGACGCGCAACCCACACUUACACGACAACAAAGGCGAUGACCAUGUCCAGCAUAUGCUCGUCCAAGCACUCAGUAUGAUCUACCACUCCACGCUCACCAAAGAGGCAAUGAAGCAGGAGCUAUGGCAGUGUAUGCAUGAGAAUGGGUGGCUCAUUCACGGGCAAGUCCCUAGUCAAGAGCGCAUCUACCCAGCAAUCGAAACACUUGACCUCGCACGUCUUAGCGGGCUACUGAACCGCAAGGCAGAGAGCUUAUCCUUUCUCCAGGGCCAUACGCAAGAGAUCUCUACACCUGGUCGACUUGAGAUCAAAAUGUCCAUUGCGGGUAACGACGACUGGUGUCGUUAA